GUGAAUAAUUCAUUCAUUAACUGUUUAGAGGCAGAGGAUAAUGCUAUAAAGAAUAUACCGUACUUGAUAGCCCUAAACUCGCGAUGGCAGGCGCAGUUGGAUUGUCAAACGGAGGCGGCCUCAGGUUGGCGAUCUCCUUGUUCGUCAUCUUCGUCCUCGUUUGCUUCAUGGGCAUCCAAGAUCUGCGCGCUCACCGGGACAGGGAGUCCAAAAAUGCCGAACUAGAUGCCAUGUUCCGCGAUCUCCAGGAUGCGAGAAGAUCCCACGACGAGCUCCAGAAAAAGGCCUCGGAUCUCAACGACGAGAAGCUGCAACUGGCCGCAGUCAAGUCCAACACCAGCACCAUGCUGAUCCAGUCGGAGCGCAAGCAGCAGCGUCUGGGCGAGGAGAAAACGAGGCUGGAGGCUGCUCUGGGUGACAAAGACAUCCAGAUCGCCACACUCAAGGAGCAGCUCAAGGAGUUGGACGAGAGCGAAAAGGAGGUGGUCAAGCUCCGCAAUCACUUGAAGGCUCUGGAGGACCAACUGGAGCUGUUCAAGGCAAACACGACGACUGGCUCGAGGCAGGAAUCCGGCGAGGAGCCCAGGGAGGAGGCCCAGAAGCAGCAAGGCGAGGAUUUGGAUCACGGAUUGGUGGCUGCGGAUAAGGCCGAGGUCGGCGUCACGGAGGGUGAUGCAGACCUCGAGGCAACCAAGAGCGAGGAGGUUGAUGACAGGAAGCGGGAACAGCUUGAUGGCGAGAGUGACAAAGUGGAUGAGGAUUUGGAUGCUGCGAAAACGAUCCAGGAUGCCUAGGAGGAGCUCCGGAUAAGGUGGAAAGAAGA